AUGAGUCCUGAUUUUAUGAAUUUUUUCAAUGGAUUAAAUUCAUUGCAUCAUUUUAUAAGUUUUGCUGUUUACAAAAAUACCAUAAGAGGACCGCUAUUUCGAUGUGAAAAAUACGAAGGUGGCAAUUCAGUUUUGCUUCAUUAUUAUAGCAAUCAACAUGGAACACAUUUUAUUGCUAAAGGUGCAGCACGUAAAGUAGCAAAAAAAUUUUUCAAUAUGGAAGUAAAAAUUACACUUAUUGAUUUAAAUAAAUAUGAUAAGCAGUAUGCAGAUGACAUUUAUCAGCAAGAAUACGCUGUUUAUAAAAUUGAAGAUUUAACACAAUGUGGCUUAUUAUGGAGUGAAUCUUUAAAUGAAAGUGUUGGUGGUAUAUUACAAGUAAACAAAGCAGAUUUCAUUUCUUUACAACCAUUUCAUUUCAUAGCUGAUCGAAACUGUAAUUUAAUACAAUCCGGAAAUGGUUUUUAUCGACACAUUUCAAUGGAAUUAUUAGCACCUGGUACACCGUUGGAAUGCAUAUUUGAUAUCAUUUGGCCACAGAUAUCAUUCAAUUUUGAUAAUAUAUGUAAUCUUAUCAGUACAAUAUUCAUUCUACAAUUUAAAACAGUAAUUCACAAUGAAAAUUUUAGCAAUAUUCGAACUAUUACAAAUCAGGAACGAAAGUUAAAAUUGAAAGGACAAAUGAUUGUUUUGGAACAGGAAAAUUGUUUAUUAUAUAUUGGUUCACCAGAUGUAAGUACUAUUUCGGAAUUAAUUGAAUAUGGAAUACGUCUGGAUGAAAUGCCAGCGCACGACUUCACUAGAGAUGUUGUAUUUCUUAAUGAACAACGACUUUCCAGUAUUGAGAAGAACAUGCAACUGCAAGUAACUAAUGCUGAAAUGGAGGAGCAAGAACAAAAUAUAAAAUGUGAACGAGUUAGAACAGAAACAUUAUUGCAUCAGUUAUUACCAACAUUUGUUACUUCACAACUUCUUAAUGGCAAAAUGGUUAUUGCUUGUGAAUAUCAGGAAGUAACAAUAAUGUUCGGUGAUGUACCAAAUUUUUAUAACAUUGUUAUGAGCUGCAAACCACAACAAAUCAUAAAAUUAUUGAACGAAUUGUUUGUAAAGCUUGAUCGUUUGAUUGACAAACAUUCCGCAUUUAAAGUGGAAACAAUUGAUGAUACAUAUGUAGCAGUUGGAGGGAUUCCGGAACAGAUCGAUAAUCACUGUGAAAUAUUAUGUGAUGCAGCACUUGGUAUGAUUUUUGAAACACGGUCCAUUAUCGAUCCGGUUACUGGAAAACCACUCCAAAUCCGUCUUGGUAUCAAUUCUGGACCAGUUGUAGCUGGUGUAAUUGGCAAGAAAACGCCUAGAUAUUGUCUUUUUGGUGAUACGAUGAAUACUGCAUCACGUAUGGGUAGUCAUGGAGUACCCGGGAAAAUUCAUUGCAGCAAAGCUUCAUUCGAGUGCGCCCAAAGAACGGGUAAAUUUAUUUUUGAAUAUCGCGGUAUGACAAAGAUUAAAAAUAAGGGUGUAAUGGAAACAUAUUUCCUGAAGUCAAGUGCUAAAAAAUCAAUUUGGGAAAUUAUUGGAAUUGAAAGAAAUAUCAACAAACAUUCCAUUGAUGGUUACGCUGAGCUGGAAGAAGGCCUGGAGCAGAACGAAGUAAAAAAUUGUCAAAUUUGUGCAAUUCUUUAA